AUGCAGACGUUCGAGGACCAUGACAGGCCGGUCACGUCGGUAGCCUUCUCGGCCGAUUCGACGCUCGUGGCGUCGGGAUCCGACGACAGGACGAUCCGGCUCUGGCGUGUGGCCACGGGCGACUGCGUGCGGACGCUCGAGGGCCAUGACGACUCGGUCACCUCGGUAGCCUUCUCGGCCGAUUCGACGCUCGUGGCGUCGGGCUCCAUCGACAAGACGAUCCGGCUCUGGCGUGUGGCCACGGGCGACUGCGUGCAGACGCUCGAGGGCCAUGACGAAUGGGUCACCUCGGUAGCCUUCUCGGCCGAUUCGACCCUCAUGGCGUCGGGCUCCAUCGACGACACGAUCCGGCUCUGGCGCGUGGCCACGGGCGACUGCGUGCAGACGCUCGAGGGCCAUGACGACUGGGUCACCUCGGUGGCCUUCUCGGCCGACUCGACGCUCGUGGCGUCGGGCUCCGUCGACAAGACGAUCCGGCUCUGGCGCGUGGCCACGGGCGACUGCGUGCAGACGCUCGAGGGCCACGGCUAUUCGGUCACCUCGGUAGCCUUCUCGGCCUAUUCGACGUUCGUGGCGUCGGCCUCCAUCGACGAGACGAUCCGGCUCUGGCAUGUGGCCACCGGCGACUGCGUGCAGACACUCAAUGUUGGGUUCGCUUCGUUUCGCCUGUCUUUUGGCUACGGCAACUUACUUUUGCUGACCGAUCGUGGUACAACACACGUAGAGACAUCUGAACAUCCCCCCACUGACCCCGCCGCCAAUGCAACGGCUGCUGUUUACCCCCUAUUCGGCAUCAGCGAAGACGGGGCCUGGAUCACAUGGGUUGGAAAGAACCUGUUCUGGUUGCCCAAAGAAUACCGGCCCUACCUAUCUGCGGUAUCUGGGUCUACCAUCGCGAUUGCCUGUGGGACGGGGCUAAUACUUAUCGGAUUUUCGCAUCAAGCCCUCCCAAAAUAA